AUGGGUAAAUCAUUAACUUAUCUUGAUAUUGAAAAACAUUUUAAUUCAUCAUCAAAUUUAUUCUUUUUAUUUGGUAUAAAUAUUCAUCGACCAUUUCUAAAUGAAUAUGAUCAAACACAUGCUGAUGCAAGCAUAUUUAUUAUAGUGAUUUGUAAAAGUAAUUCAUCUGAUUGUAUUUCACAAGGUGGAUCAUUACCAACUGAAUAUAAACUUGAAUUUAACAUUGAUGGUGUACCUUAUAGUGAUAAACAUUCAAAAAUUGAUCGUCAAUGGCAUCGAACAAAAUUAAUUAAUUAUGAAUUUCUUUAUGAAUCAUAUAAUUCUCAUUCAUGUUAUGAUAAACCAGAGAAUGAGAAAGGUUCAAUUUGGAAAAAUUUUAUUAUGAACAUGGAUUCAAAUCAAUAUGAAAAUAUUUAUUCAAAAUGGGUUGAAUUUGAUGUAAAAAUUAAUGAUGCUGGUGUUCAGUUUAUUGAAGGACAACAACUAUAUAAUAAUACUGUUGUUCAACAAUUUACAUUAUACUUUUUUGUAACAACUUUUCAAUGUUUACAACCACCAUUAAUUUAUUUUGAUGGUUUUAUUUCAAAUAAAACUUAUCUAUCAGCUUUUCAUUUUCAAUUAAUUUCACAUAAAUGUGAUUUACAUAAAUAUACAUGUUAUUUACAAAUGACAAAAAUACGAAUAGACAAACUAAGUCUAACAAAUAUGACAUUUUAUGAAAGUGAUACAAUUAAUAUCAAUAUCAAUAAUCCAUUAUAUUUUUCUCAACGAAUUUCAUAUGAACAAAAUAUAAAACCAACAAAUUUUAUUGAUCGUAUUUAUGAAAAAGUGACCAUUGAAAAUAAUCCUUCAUUAUCUGAUAAUGAAUUUUAUCGUAAUGCAACAUGUAUUAAUAAAAAUGUAAUAACAUCAAGACAAUUUCUUUUAUGUACACAAGAUUAUUUCAAAAAUGAAUCUAUAAUAACAACAUUUCGUAUAGAUAUUAUUUUAUGUAAAUAUUUCAAAGGAAAUACUGAUCAAUGUAUCUUUACUCUUUAUCAACAUGUAUUGGGCGAACAUUUACGUUUAUUUAUACCGAUUAAAGGUGAUAAUAUAACAUUUGUUGGAUUUAUACGUCUUUCAACAGACUUACCAAAUAACGAAUGGACGAAUCACCUUACUGAAAACUAUGAUAAAAUAUAUGCAAAUCAUCUAACAAAUACAUAUGAUCAUAUGAUUGAAAUUAAAUCGAAUAUUAAUAGUAAAAAUUCAAUUAUACGUUAUUAUCAAAUCAUAACUGAUCAAGUUCGUCUUUGUCAUCUUAUAUGUCGAAAUAAUUGUGUACAACAAUCACCAAAUCAUACAGAUUAUUACAUAUCAACAUCAAAUAUAGAAUUAAUAUUAUUCUGUGUUAAAUGUAAUUUUAAUGAAAUUUACAAUAAACUAAAUCAUACAAUUGUUAAUUUUUAUACAAAAUUAUCACGUGAUAUUGUAUUACUAAGAAUUCAAAUUACUAAUAAAUUGUCAGUAAUGUCUCUCAUUUGUAUUAAUGAUAAAAAUAAAACAUUAGUAGUCAAUGCAAAAUUUCAUUUAAUCAAUCAUCCGAAUAAUACUCAAACAUUUUCUUGUUCAAUUAAUCCAAUGAUAAUUUAUCCAUAUCAUGAUGAAAUUAUUCUUGAAUGUAAUAAUUUUAGUACACGUGCUGAUAUUAUUAUUUGGGCUAUAACUCAAUUAAAUCAUGAAGAAGUUCGUAUUUUACUUAAUCCAUUAUAUAUUACUAAUGAAAUAUCUAAUUCAAAAAUUCGAAUGAAAAUUAAUGGUAUUCCACAUGGUAAUAAAGUUAUAUUAGAAAUAAAUUCAUCAUUAUUUGGAAAAAUUCAACGUUAUGAAUUAUUAAUGAUGAACCUAACUCAUAAAUUAAUUAUAAAAAUGAAUAUAGCUUUAGAAUGGAAUUAUUUUUCUAGUGCAUUUCAAUUAAUGAAUGAAUAUUUAAAAAUCUAUGAAAAUGACUUUUAUCUUUUAAACAAUGAAACAAAUCAACGUUUUUAUUUAGUUGGACUUAAUCGAACAUCAUUUUUACUUAGUAUAAUUAAUUAUUAUCGUUUAAUUUUAAAUUAUAUUGAUCAAGAAUUACUUUAUAUCAAAGCAAUAGAUUUUUCACAAAAAAUCUAUUCAACUAUUUCAACACAUUUGUUCAAAUAUCAAAUUUUCUAUCCUGAAUCAAACAACACUUUUCUCAAUGAUUAUCUUUCUUUAUUAAUUCAAUUAUCUUCACGACCUAAAAUAAUCACUUAUGAAACAUAUCAUCUACUUCGACAUUUAAUAAAAUUCAUAUCCAUUUCUUUACCUAACACAUCACCUUCAUUUCUUAUAAAAUUAUUUGAUCUUUGUAUAAAUUUACGUAUAUAUGUUAUUGAUCCAAAAUCAAUACCAAUAUCAACAACAAUUGAUACAAAUAGUUUAUUUAAAUUUAAUCAACUUAUUAGUCGAAUUCUCAUUAUGAUUCAUACUGAAUUAACAUUAAAUGGAUAUUUUGAUAGACGAAUGCAACAAAUUGAUAAUGGUCCAUUUGAUUUUAUUGUUAAUAUGACAACACCAUUUAUUACAAAACGUUGGGCUCUAAAAUUUGAUCAACCAUUAUCACGUUAUCAUUAUUCUAAUAUAAACAAUCAAAUAACUGCAACAAAUCAAUUACGUAUUAUAACAAAUCCUUUAGGUAUAUUAUAUUAUCCUCAAGAAUAUAUUCCAGUUUAUCUUAAAAUUUCUAAAACAAUAUCUGAAGAUUAUCUUCUUGGUCAAUUAUUAUCAAUUGAAUUAAAUAAUAAUUUAACAUUAAAUUAUUCUUCAUAUAUAUCAUUUUCUCUUGAACAAACAUAUUUAAAUACAUCAAAUAUAUUACAAAAAUAUUUUUCAAAAAUAGUAUUAAUUCAUAUAAAAAAAGAUUAUUAUUCAUAUAAAUUUUCAUUUCAAAUGAAUACAACAAAAUUAGCUCGUAAUAUUUCAUUAAUUUUUUUUGAUUUACCAAAUUCUCAAAAAUAUUUAUUUACAAUUGAUAUAGCUUAUAAUAAUUCAUGUUUAAAAUCAAAAAUAAUUAAUGAAAAAUAUCUUAAAUAUAUAAUUAAUAUUGAUUUAUGGCAAAAUAAUUAUUUUGUUUAUUCAAUACCAAUUAAAUCUAUGUCAAUUGUAUGUGCACAAGUUGAAAUUACAUCAAAAGAUGUAUCUAUUCGAAAUUUAAAACGAACAGGAUAUUUUCUUGUUGUUGAAACAGGUUGUUAUUCAUUUAAUAGAAGUAUUUAUGAAGAUUAUUAUACAAAGUUAGAAGAUGAUAAAUGUCAAUUGAUUAAUGAAAAUAAAACUCAAUUAAAUAAUCAUUUAUUAUUAUCAAAUGCACAUUUAACAUGUUAUUGUCGAAAACCUACAACAAAAUAUUUUGUUUUAUGUCAACCAAAACCAAUUCUUGUUGAAUUUGAAUUAAAUGCUCAAACUUGGCUUCAUUUUUAUAUUUAUCUUUCAUUGUUACUUUUUAUUUUUCUUCUUCUUGGUGUCUAUGCUAUUUAUAAAGAUACAUUAGAUGAUUAUAAACCUUCUAUAUAUUUUGUUGCUGAUUGUCAAGUAGCUGCUGUUAAUGUUCAUCUUUAUCAAUUAACAAUAUUUACUGGUCUUCAACAAUCAACAUUAAAAGAUUUUAAAAUUUAUAUUCGUUUAAUUGGUGAAAAAUGUCAUGAUGAAGCACAUUGUUUAAAUUUAAAUAUAUCAAAUGUAUUUCAACGUGGUAGUGUUAAUCAAUUUUUAAUUACUUCAUUUAUUGAUAUAGGUCGAAUUGUUGCAUUAAAUAUGUGGCAUAAUGAAAUAAAUAUAAAAUCCGAUUAUUAUAUACGUCAUUGUAUAUUAUAUGAUUAUAAUUAUUAUCGAACAUAUUAUUUUUGUUGUUAUACAUGGUUAUCAUUACGUAAAGGUUUAAAUAUAAUAAAUGAAAUAUUUUAUGUUGCACAAGAAGUUGAUCAAUAUGCAUUUGGUCAUUUAUUUCUUUCAACAUAUUCAUGGCUUUAUUAUCAUUAUCAUUUAUUAAAUUCAAUAUUUAAUAAACAAAAAAUAAAUACAUUAUCAAGAUUUUAUCGUUUACAUAUUUAUUUUUGUUUAAUUAUAAUACAAUUUUAUUUUAUUCAAAUUCUUAUUCUAUCAUGUCGAAAUAUAAUAAUAAAUCAACGAUGUGCUUAUAUUUUUCCAUCAUUUUUAUUUUCAGUUGAUCAAUCAUUUGUUGCAACUGAUUGGAUGGAAAUUUAUCAGAUAAUUCGUCUCAAUUUAUUUCCAUCACUUUUUAUUGCUCUAUUCCUUAGUUCACUUAUUGGUAUUCUUACACCAAUAUUUAUAUGGGGUUUAACAUAUUUAACAAAUCGUAUUGAACUCUAUCGACAAUUAUCAAAAGCUACAAGACAUUAUGAAAAUUUUGAUAAUUUUCAUUCAAUUAUAUAUACAAUGGCAUCAAGUAUAGCUGAUUUAAAUUCAUAUCGUCAAGAUAUUGAACAAUUUAAAUAUAUUCAUAAAUUUGAUUUACAACAUCGUUUUAGUAUUAGUACAUUAGGAGAACAUAAUGAAUCUAUUAGUUCACAAUCAGAUAGUCAAAUUGAAAUAAAUAAUAAUUCUUAUAAUAGUCAACAAUAUAAAACAAAUUCGAAUAUUAAUUCAUAUUUUUCAAUAAGAAAAAAUCAACAAUUCGAAAUAGAUAAAAUACGAACAUCAAUUGAUUCAAAAAAUCGUUCAACUUCAAUCUUUUAUCCAAAUAAUAAAUUUUCACAACAAAAUCAAUUACUCAAUGAUGAUGAUGACGAUGAAUUUUCAUUAUCAACUGAAAGUUCUCAAUCAAGUAUACAACAACAAAAUAUAAAUAUACCAACAAUUAAAUUAAAAAUUCAUUGGCCAAAAAAAUCUAAUCAACCAACAUUUAAUAUGUAUAUAUUCUAUUCAAUUAUAUUCUAUGGUAUAUCGAUUAUUCUUGGUAUAUUAUCAAUUAUAUGUAUGUAUUUAAUAAUGAAAACAUUUACAGAAAUAGAAAAUUAUUUUUUAACAUCAGCUAUUAUAUUUAUACAUAUAUUAACUAUAUUAUUUACAUUAAUAUUUGAAAUAAUUAUUAUUUUAAUUAUAUCAUUACUUAAUGCAACAUUUUUUCAUAUAACAGAUGAAGAUAAAUUUAUUUCAUCUGUUAUUCAAAUUCCAAUUAUAUCUAUGAUUGAUAUUAAACAACAUCAAUUAAAUCAUACAUUUACACUUAAUCGAGAUCUAACAUUAACUGAUGUACAAUUACGUGAACGUAUUCGUGAACGUUUUCUUGAAUCAUCAAUUAUUCGUGCUGUUAGAGAUGUUAUUGGUUAUAUUGUAUUUAUGGUUAUUAUUAUUAUGGUCUUUGCAGAUACAUCUGCAAAUAUUGAAACACGUUUAACAAUGAGACAAUAUACAUUACAAUUACUUCUUCGUGAAGAUAUUUUUCAAAAUAUUGAUCAUAUACCUGAUACUAUGGAUUGGAUUAGUUAUUUUAUUGAAAAUCGUCUUUUUCUUGAACAUAAAGAUUAUUCUUGUCAAAAAGAUACAUGUAAUUAUGUUCAAAUUCCUGAUUCACCAUUAUAUUUAAGUAAAAGUAUUCGUAUACGUCAAAUUCGUGUUGAACGUAAAGAUUGUCAUGAAAAAAUCAAUCAUCUAUUCUAUCCUUUAAUACCACCAAAUUGUUUUGUUGGUGGAAAAAAUUUAAUGAAUAAUAAAAAAUUUGUUAUUGGUGGUCAACGAAAAUGUUCCGGUUGGAAACAAUCAUCAAUAUCAAAUAAUUCAUGUAAAGAUAUUUGUAAUUAUACAUCAAUAUGGUCAGCAUUACCAUAUAAAACAAUAAUAAAAUUUUAUACAACAUAUGAAUCACCAUGGUAUUUUAUGUUACAUUUAUUACCAAAAGAAACAGUUGAACGUUGUAAUCGUAAAAGAAAAUAUUAUGAUUUAAAUAAAUAUAAUUGGUUAGAUGAAAAAACUUUAGUUGUUAUGAUUGAAGGAAAUUUAUAUUCUCCACAAACAUCAUCAAUUAUAUCAUUUAUUUUAAUUAUUGAAAAAAAUCAAUAUGGAAUGAUUGAAAAAGAUAUAUUUAUUCAAGUAUCUGAUUAUAUAUUAGCAACAAUUAAUGAUAAUACAUUGCAACAGAAUGAUACUGAACAAAUCUUAACAAAUGAAAAUGAUACUGAAAAACAAUUUGUUAUGACAAAUUAUUUAUUUGCUGUUUUGUUAUUUGUAAUUUUUACAACAAAAUUAUUCGAUCUAGCAAAAUUUACUCGAAAUUUUGGUUUUUAUGGUUUUGUUUUUUUUCUUCGUACAUUAUCAAAUAUAAUUGAUGGUAUAUUAUUAAUACUUUGUUGUUAUUAUUUUUUAUUAGUUCAUUUUGAUCAAAAUGUACUUCAAUUAAAUAAUCUAAUACAAUCAUUAAAUAUUCAUCAUUUAUUUGUAUCAUUUCGUGUAUUAAUUAUAAAUAAUACAAUAAUAAAUCAUUUAAUUGGUUUAAUAUGUUUAUUUGCUAUAUUUAAAUUACUUUAUUUACUUAAAUUUAAUCCUAAAACAUAUUUACUUGCUGAAACAAUAUAUAAAUCAGCUGAAGGUUUUAUAUUAAUAUUAUGUUUUGCAUUUUUAAAUUAUUUUAUAUUUACAUUAAUUGGUCGAUUAUUUUUUUCAAAUGAAGAAAAUUUUAAAACAUUUUUCGUUGCUUUUCGUGUUGUUUUAAUAUCAUCAAUAAAAGAUGCAGCAUCAACAGAUAAUGUUAUAUCAGGUACAAUAUUAAGAACAUUAUGGCAAUUUUUUCUUUGGGUAUUUUCAGCAAAAAUUAUUGAAUAUUUUUUAAUAUCAUUUGUUAUACAAAAAUUUUCAAAUAUAAGAAAAACACAUCAAUUAACAGAUGAAGAAAGAAUUGUUGGAAGAAUAUUUCAAACAUUUUGGACUUAUUUUGCUUUUAAUAAAAAACAAAAUAAAUAA